AUGGCAACAAAUAGGGAAUUAAAUGGAAAGUUUCAAACAUUUUUUCAUGACAAUGUUGAAAUGAACAAAGAGGAAACUAAAAUAAAUGCAAGAGUUGUGAGGCACAUAGUUCAGAAAAUCCUUGAAUAUGUGAACUUGCUAGAUCCAAAGUUUAAAAAGGAUCCAGCUAAAGUUGGAAGUUUUCAUUCGUACUCGAAAACUUCUAAUGCCGAUGAGUUUGACUUCAGCAUUCUAUAUGAUACCGGAAUAGUGCACAGUUGGACACAUGUGAAUCAACCUGCCAUUUAUACUGUUGAUGCCAAUCAUAGGAUUUCCAGUUCGGAAGUUCCAUUACCAAUAUUGCAGAGGAAAUACACCCUUAAAACAAAUGACAAGGGGCCUUAUAGUGUGACAGAAGGAGGUUUUAUUGUGCCUCUUAAAUUUAAAAGACAUUUCGAGAACUUGGUACGCGAUGCUAUUAAUUGCUUGACUGAGAAUUCACUAAUUGACCACAGAGUUGAAUUUGAAGAUUUAUCCGACUCACCAGCUGUGACUAUCACCAUUAAACAACGUGAUGCAGUCGAUCUAAAUGUAGAUUUGGCGCCAAUGGUCAAUGUGAGACUGCCGUUUAAAGAUGAGUUUGAAUGGCCCCAACAUGGAGCCCAAUGGCCAAGUUCAGAAAAAAUUUGGCAACUAAAAAAUAUCAGAGUAAACUUCGUUACAUCCGAUGAACUUUACUGGAAGCUGUCAUUUGCCAUUUGCGAAAGAGAACUUCUUGUAGAUAUUGACAAAAAAGGGUCUGGAACAUUCAGGAGGAGAUCUCUGAGAAUUAUGAAAGGCCUGCGAGAAAUUUUGUGGUGUCCGUUUGAUGAAGAUGAAAAUUUGAAAGGUCUUACAUCAUAUCAUUUAAAAAACAUAUUAUUUCUCGAAUGUGAACGCCUACCAAUGGACUGGCAGUGGGAAAGGAAAUUGAUGGGUAAACGAAUCAUCGGUAUGUGUGAGCAACUACUCAAACAUUUAUCAGAAAAGAAUUUGCCGCAGUAUUUCGACAGGUCAAAUAAUCUGUUUAAAAAUAAGGAUAAUGGAGCACUUGAUCAUGCUGCAAGAAUGAUUAACUGGGUUUUAUAUAGUGUUAAGGAAAAUUGA